UUUGUGCACCAACACACACAACUUCCAGCACCCGCCAGAUGGGCCAAAAUGGGGAUUUGCAAAGCUGCCUUUCUCUUUCUUUUCUUGCUCAGCUCAGGGCAGGAUAUCUUGGGACAAACAACGAGGCAGUGACCAGUGAAGCUGCAGGGAUUGCACGAUCCGUAUGACAGGUCAUAAUCUCCCACCCACCUAAUUGAUGCUUCUCCAAAACCUUGAUGUGAAAGGAGAUAUACUGGAUGACUACUUAAGAACAGAUGGUGUUUGGGUACUUACUCGAAACAAACAGUUUUACAGGACAAAUAAUGAGAAAGAAUGUGCGGACAAAUGUGAAGCUGAAAGAAAUUUUACCUGCAGGGCUUUCCUAUUCACCAGGAAAAAGCUACAGUGUUUAACACUGGCUGAAAAUUCUAAAAUGACAGUGACGUUCACCAGCACGGACACGGUUCUUUAUGAGAAGAGAAUUUACCUUAUGCAGUGUAAAAGAGGGAUUGGGACAGACUACAGAGGAACAGAAGCCAAGACUCAGAGGGGUAUUCCAUGCCAGAAGUGGACAGAAAAAACACCCCACAAACCAAAUUAUACACCUGAGAGAUACCCCAAUGCAGGGUUGGAAGAAAAUUACUGCCGAAACCCUGAUGCAGAUGAAAGAGGACCCUGGUGUUACACAACAGAUCCUGCCAUGAGAUUUGAUUACUGUGCCAUCCCAGAGUGUGAGGGCCAGGUCAUGCACACUGGAGAAGGACCUACAGGGGAGUGCAUGCAGUGUAACGGCGAGGAUUACCACGGAGAAGUUUCGAGAACAGAGUCUGGACUUGAGUGCCAACGCUGGGAUGCCCAAGAGCCUCAUAUGCAUGGAUUUAUCCUGAAACACUAUCCAGAAAAGGAUCUGAAGAUGAAUUAUUGCCGCAAUCCUGAUGGUGAACUUCGGCCCUGGUGUUUCACUACCAACCCAAAUAAACGCUGGGAAUAUUGCAACAUUCCUCGUUGCACUACACCCCCACCAGUCUCUGGCCCAGACUCCCAGUGUCUUUCAGGGAAAGGUGAAGACUAUCGAGGAAGGAUAGCCACCACGGAAUCAGGAAAUGCCUGCCAACACUGGAACACACAGUUUCCUCACAAACAUGGCUGGAUCCCUGACAGAUAUCCCUGCAAGGGCUUACAGGAAAACUACUGUAGAAACCCUGAUGGAGAGAAGAAGCCUUGGUGCUACACCACCAACAGCAGCAUUAGAUGGGAAUAUUGCACAAUUCCUCCCUGUGACAGGACAGAACAAGGGAUUGCUGAUGCGCCCGUACAAGUUCCCCUAACAGAGGAGUGCUACCGAGGCAGAGGCCAGAGUUACCGUGGCACAACAUCUGUCACUGCAUCAGGAAAGAAGUGCCAGGCCUGGAGCUCCAUGUUCCCACACAGGCAUAUAAAAACCCCAGACAAAUUCCCAGACGCGCUGAAGUUGGACAACCUCUGGAGUGCCAAGAGAAAAACAGAUUUGUCCAAUAUGGAGUCACCUCUUGGGAACUGGCCUGUACCCAGCCAUCAAAGCCUGGUUUUGUCCGAAUUCCUGCUUUUGUUUCUUGGGUCAAGAAUGCUGCGGCUUCCCGCUGAAUCUGGAUGCAGGCUAAUUCUUCUGGAAAGCAGUCCCUGUGUCAGAAACAACAUUCCAAGUAUGGCUUUAUGACUGGUUUUAAAAAUUAUGUAAUAAUUCGUAGGAAUCCUAAAUAAAUACCACUACUGGCUGAGCCUAAGUAGCUAUUGCAAAGCAACAGCAAA